AACAGGCGCACAGCUGAUUGCUUGGUUUAUCACGCUUGCGGACUUGGAGGUGCUUUUUUUGAUUCAGUUAUUUACAAAGUUUGCUCAAACAUAAAAACGCCAGCGGAAUUGCGUGUCGCACAAAUGUGUGAGCAAAGCGAUAGCAAACAGUAGAACGCUUGUUGCAGGUAAAACACAACACACAUUGCUGGCAUGGACGAGCUGGACAAUAGGACGACGCAGCAGCCCAUAGCAGAUGCACUGGCAGCUCCAACCGCACCUGCAACUGGUUCACAGAGCGACUCAUCCGAGGAGGAGGAAUAUUUGGAUAACAGCAUCGAGCUGCGUGGCUACUUAAGCAAGUGGACCAAUUAUAUAUACGGUUGGCAGCCACGCUAUAUUGUGCUCAAGGAUGGCACGCUCUCCUACUACAAAUCCGAAUCGGAGUCGGACUUUGGUUGCCGCGGCGCCAUUAGCUUGUCCAAGGCGACCAUUAAGGCACACGAGUCGGAUGAGCUGCGCUUCGAUGUGGUUGUCAAUAAUCUGAACAAUUGGUGCCUGCGUGCCGAGACGAGCGAGGAUCGCAUGCAUUGGGUGGAGGUGCUGCAGCUGUAUAAGGAGGGCACCGGCAGCACGGAUACUACAUCGUUGCGUCGACACGGCAGCAGCAUGUCCCUGCAGUCCAACACCAUUUCAUUGGCCAGCGGCGGCAGCCUGAAAAAGACUCAACGCAAUCUGCGUGAAAAGGUUGGCGAACUGGAGACCUUCAAGGAUAUACUCUUUGUGCAAAUUGAGACGCUGCAGCGUUACUUUGACGCCUGCUCCGAGCUGAACAAAGCCAAUGCACAACCACUCGACUUGGGCGACGGCUUAAAGCCCAUCGAUUUCAAGGGCGAGUCCAUUACAUUUCGUGCUACAACAUCUGGAGUGCUGAGCACAUUGCAGCAUUGCCUGGAAAUUAUAGCUGAGAAUGAUGAAUCAUGGAAACGUAAACUGGAGCGCGAAAUAGAUAAACGACGUCGCUCGGACGAGCAAAAUAGAAAGUUCAAGGAGGAAAUUGAGAAGCUAAAACGUUUAUCGUAUCCCGGCCCAGACUUUGAGGAGGGUCCACAUUCCACAUUGCCAGAGGAUGAGUUCUUCGACGCCGUAGAGACGGGCUUGGAGAAAAUCGAGGAGGACAUGCAGAUGCGCUUUAAACUGAGACUCCAGUCGCAAAUCUCACAGACGCUGGUCAAUGUGCCGCACGAGGCCGUGGCGGAGGGUGAGGAGGCGCGCGAGGAGUUCGGCACCGGGGCCGAGGCCAAGUCCCAUGCACUCUGGCCGGAGAUUGAUCGCGUGUGCAAGGAGCAGCUGCACUAUGCGCGCGAGGGCGUCGGCCAGGAUGGCAAUGGCUGGCAAAUCUUUGCCGACGAAGGGGAAAUCAAAAUGUACAAGCGCGAGGAGGAAGUCAAUGGCAUGGUUAUGGAUCCGCUAAAAGCCUAUCACUCAGUCAAGGGCGUGACAGCGCGCGAAAUGUGCCAUUAUUUCUUUAUGCCCGAGUUCCGCAACGACUGGGAGACUACACUGGAGGACUGCACCAUAUUGGAGAAAAUCUCAGCGGACACAUUGCUCUUUUUGCAGACACACAAGCGCAUUUGGCCAGCCAGCCAGCGCGAUGCACAAUUCUGGUCGCAUAUGCGCAAAAUCACCGAUGGCCUCGAGCCGGGCACACGCGACAUGUGGGUGGUGUGCAACAACUCAACGGAGUAUGCCAAACAGGAGUCGAAGAACGGCAAAUGCGUUCGCAUCUUUCUGACGGUCAUACUCGCCUGCCAAACACAUCUGCCCGAUGAUUAUGUCAAGGGACAGCCACUGAAUCGUGAUGACUUAACCUGCAAAGUAACCUACUGUUCCGUGGUUAAUCCCGGUGGCUGGGCUCCAGCGAGCGCCCUGCGCGCUGUCUAUAAGCGUGAAUAUCCCAAGUUUCUUAAACGUUUUACCGGCUAUGUGAUAGACCAGUGCAAGGAUAAGCCGAUUAUGUUCUGAUAUUUGCCAUACGUAACAA